CCCCGGGCUCAGGUGUGACCCGACUCGCGUCCGCCGGCGGCCAUGGAGGGCCCGGAGGAAGAUGUCACGUUCAUUACGGACGAGACCUUGGACUUCGAAGGCAUGUCCCCAUCCGACAGUCAUGAAGAGAAUGACAUAGCAGUGUUGGUGACUCCAGAGAAACCACCCCGACGGGGCCUCGCCCACAGAAGUAACCCGAACGCAGUAGCUGCUGCCCCGCAGGGUGUGCGGUUCAGCUUAGGCCCUCUCAGCCCAGAGAAGUUGGAGGAGAUCCUUGAUGAGGCCAACCGGCUGGCAGCUCAGCUGGAGCAGUGUGCCCUGCGGGAUCGAGAGAGCGCAGGCGCGAGCUCUGGGCCUCGCCGAGGGAAGCCCAGCCCUCGUCGAGAGACGUUUGUGUUGAAGGACAGUCCGGUCCGGGACCUGCUGCCCACGGUGAGCUCUUUGGCUUGGAGCACGCCCUCCCCCGGCAGCCUGCCACCCCGUCUCCCGAGCAGCGAUAAGAAGGGAUCAGCCAGGACUCUUCGAGUGAUGUCUGCAAAGAGGCCCUCCACUGUGAAAAGAGAAUCACCCACCUGCAAGCCGUUCCCAGCAUCCAAAGGCCCAGCGUCCUCUCCUCUGGCACGAUCGACUCCUCCACCCCGGAGGAAAGCCGGGCCUCCACCCCGAGGGAAAGCCGGGCCCCCACCCCAGGGGAAACCUGGGCCUAGUGCCAGAUGCACCACAAGCCCUCCUGCCCCUGUCCGACCCGUCCUGGCUCCACCACCUCCAACCAGCAACUCUCAACGCUUGUCCCGGCCACAGGGAACAGCAGCGAAGGCUUCCAGUCGACUGCCUAUCCCUUCAGCCAUCCCCAGGCCUGCCAGCCGAAUGCCACUCACCAGGCAGAGCGCGCCACCCGGCAAGGGUGCCCCACCCCCCGAUGCUCUGUCCACCAGGAAAGGGCUGCCAAGACCAAGUGCUCCAGGGCACAGAGCUGUUUCUCAGCGAGCAAAUCUUCCUGUCGCUAGUGCCGCUCGAAGCAGUCUGCAGCCCCCCAGGAAAGUUGCAGCCCUGGGAUCUACUCGGUAAAACAGGACAGCAACGAAGAAUCCAAUAGCAAACCACUGUACUCACCGCCUGGAUGCACCGCUACCGGCAGGUCCAGACUCCAUCACACUGUGGCCCAGUGACAGGAAGAGUAGACGCCGCCAGGGCCGAUCCCCUGGGGGUACAGAUGGGGCGGGGUGGAUUGAGCUGGGGGGGGGACUCAAACUCUCUGGGGCGAAAGAAGAUGAGAGCGGAGGAAGUCACCCCCCCAGUCAUGAAACCAAAAAUGAGAAAUGCAGGCGAGUGGCUGGUUCUCCCCACCUCCAGGCUCGGGGUCCGCCCUGGGGAAUGGCCACUUCUUCCCAGGUCUGCAUUCCGUGGACAGUUACCACAGGGAAAUGUGGUAUUCCACAUGCAAUCCACGUAGGGGCUUCUGUGGCCAUUUCCCUGCCCCUUGAGAAGUGGAAUCCCAUCCCAUUGCUCCCAACCCUGUCUGGAGAGGCAUGGCAGAUACCUGCUCUCCACAACUUGUUUCCUUGGAAUUCUGACUCCUCAGAGACCACUUGAUAAACUUACUCUGUCAGUCUUUUUUCUGAAAUAAAGUGACUGUAUUUUUAUAUUUGUUCUGUCUAUCUUAACGUAGACCUCACAGGUUUGGAGUAAACCUCUUGAAUUCUAGCAAAGGAACCAGGCAGAGGCCUGAAUAGUCCUAAGACUCCUAAGCUUUCACCUCGUCAGGCUUUGGCUCUCCAGCCGUCCCGUUG